AUGACGAUGCCCACAACGAUCUCUCUCAUACAAUGGCCCGGAUGGCCCACGAUAUUCUGCUUUAGUAUUCUUUCAAGCCUCCUGUUAUUGUUCAAUUCAUUGCGAAGACGUCAAAAAUCGACUGGCAGGUCUGAAGUUGAAAAUAAAGAUGUUGAGCCCAGUUGUUAUCCGCCAGUCGAGGCUCUCCCAGACUUCUGCUGGCAGACUACGGAGCCAGUGAAAAUUCGACCGUUCAAGCCAAGAUAUAAUUUGACCAUGAGCAUCCAAGAAGCCAAUAUCAGCGAGCUAAUUGAGAUGGACAAGAACUAUCUCGAUCGCAUCACACUUCGGAAGAAGAUUAUGGUCGAGCAUGCAGAGACCGUCCUCGGCGCUGAAGAUUGUGUCAAACCAGCUGUGGAUGAAUUUUACGUCUGGCUCAUCGGGACUUAUCUACCAACUCGAUACCCUACCAUGUUCCAAUUGCUGCCAGCAACAAGUGAUGAACAGGGAUAUUUGCACAGUUCAGUCACGGAUGAGCAAUUCCCCCUUCUCCCGCCAAUCAAUCCCAAAGAUACUCUUUCUUUGAUGGGUGGACUAAUUGACGAUGACCUUCUCUUCCUCCUACCGUCAGAUGACGGUGAUAGUGUCACACUAAAGGGCUUUGUGACCUGCUUUCCGAAUGGCUUUAACACAGCAAAGAAGUUAAAUCUGAAGCUCAGAGAUAUUCAUACGCCAGUGCCGCAGUACAAAGAGAAAUUAGAGAAGAGCAUGGAUCGAUUUUUUGACAAACUAAAAAUUGGCAAAUUUGUUAAGCGUGCCAACUGGACUAUUCAAAACACCGAUCGAUUGUUCACGGCAACUGGAAAUCAUGGUUAUGAGGGCGAAGUAGCCACACAGGAAGACCUCGACCUCGAUAUUUUAUUCCAGGCCCGAGUCCGCGUCGAAAGACAGUUUCUCCACCGUCUCCCUCAGACACAAGCCCUUCUAUUUUCGUUCAAGACACUGCUAUACCCACUCUUGGAGAUAAAAGAAGAGGGACUUGGUGAAAUGCUUGCAGAGGCUAUUGAUGGUUUGAAAGGAGGUAACGCACCUGGUUUCCAUUUCUAUAAGCGGGCUGCGGUUUGGGGGGAAUCUGCAAAGGCCUAUCUACGAAGUUGA